AUGGAUGACGGCUUAUAUAAAAAAGAGAUUAAAGCGAGGCAACAAGCCUAUACUACUGGAAACAUGACCAAAUAUAGACAAUUGGCUGAAAGGGUCAUUACACUUAUCAAGAAAGCUAAAGCAGAAUUUUAUUCAUCUAUGGUUAAAAGCAAACGCAAACACGAUGCAGCAAAGUGGCAUAGAACGAUAUCCCAGUUUGCUGGCUUUGAAGGUGACAAUCUAAACAACAACUUAAUCUCACACGGCACUCCCGAUACGGUAGAAAUACGGCAGAAUAUAUUUACUAAACCAUGGUCAAAACUUCCUGAAACCAUAAUCCCUAGUCUUGAAGACGUAGCGUCAUCACAUCAAUCCACCAAGAGAGAUCGUGAAUGA